AUAAAUACCCCCUUCUUCUUCCCAUACAAGAACUAGCUUUCCUUCUUAUCUCUCCCAAACUUCAAUGGCAGCGUGUUCGAAAAUUUUCGGUGCAUUUACAUGUUGCUGCUGUACUUGCCAAGCAAAUCAUGAUCAACACAUCUCACACCCCCAACAACACUCAAAACCUUCACUACCGACUCAUGAUCAUGCUGACAAAGCUCAUCAUGACCACAAUCAAAACAGAAUAGUUGACGAUUCCCAAGGAGCCAAUGCAAAACAGUUCACUACUGACAAGAGACAACAUCAUGCUUCCCAGCUACAUGGUAAGCAAGGGGGUCAAAAGUCAGGACUAGGUACCGAUGAUCGAUUUUCUGACUACAUUAGCCGAGCAAAGGUUAAAAUCAGGACCAUGACGAUGAACGUUGGUGGUGGGAAUAAGCAGAAUGCCCCCAACUCCAAAGAAGAUGGCCAGAAUGAUACAAAGCAUGAAGAUCAUACUAAAGAUGCUUUUUCAGACUAUAUUAAACGCGUCAAGAUUAAGAUCAGACAGACAACCAGUAGUGCAAGCAGAAAGAAUUUUAAAGAGAGCAAGCAGGAGAAGCCAGGUAGUUGAGCCUCAGUGAAAUAUGUGGAUGAAAUAAUGCUAUGAUCAAUGUUGAUGUACUAAAUAUGGAUCUUAGCAAAGGUAUUAAGCUUAAUUAAGAUAAUUGAUGUUUUCUGAGGUCAUGUAUUACGAUGUGGUUGACCAAAUAUUUACAUUGUUCAUAUAUAUAUAUAUAUAUAUAUAUUGUUCUUAA